AUAUAAAUCCAGCAAAAAGUCCCCAAAAAGUCACCACCACAAAUCUCAUCGAAAUGUCGUCUCAAGAAACGAAAUCAGAUCAAAGAGAAGGAGCAGAGAUCUGCAAUGGCGAAUCAAACUGCAAACAGAAAGCCAAAGAGAUUUUAUCAACCAUGAAUCUACCCAAAGGUCUUCUUCCUCUAGACAACAUGACAGAGAUCGGUCACAACAAAUCAACCGGUUAUGUCUGGAUCAAGAUCAAGAACAAGGUUCAACAUCGGUUUAAAGCCAUUGGACGAAACGUAUCUUACGAUUCGGAGGUUACUGCGAUCCUUGAGAAUCGUCGGAUGAGUCAGCUCACGGGAAUCAAGAGCAAAGAGAUUUUGAUUUGGGUUACGAUCUCUGAGAUCUUUGUUAAUCAUCAAGAUCCGACUCAAAUCACUUUUGCUAAUCCUACGGGACUAUCACGUACUUUCCCCGUCACUGCUUUUGAAGAAGACGAAUGAUUCAUUUGUCAACGCUCACCAUCAUGAUACUUUGCUUAGCUAAAUUAUCUUUUGUUUUUUCCUUAUAAUUCCUUUUGUUUAGCUAAGUUCUAUUUUCAACAUUUGUAUUUCUGCAUCUUUUCCAUUAGAGAUUUUAUAAAAAUAAUAAUAUAGAAAGACAAAAUGUAUAAUUAAAAAACAAACAAAUUCCUUUGGAAAAUCUGAGAUAGUGGUGAUGCAUGUUUGCUACAACUUAUAAACCAAAAAUAGUAAGAAAAUGAGAAGAUUAAAUAUAAUUCUCGUGUUUUUGGUUCGAAAUAUUAUAAUAGAAUGAGUUUGAUG